UCUUUGUAUCAGUCGAUUAUCUUCCUACUCUAAAUGAAUCCCCAUUAUAUUCUUUACACAGAAUUGAUAACUGUUUCCAACUCAAAGUAACUAUAAGGCAUAUGCGGGCCAAGAACCACUCUCAUUUGAGUUACGAUACGCAUCGUUGAUAAGUUGAUCGUGAUCUGUGCAGCGUGACUUCUCUUCAAUGUAGCCUGGGGGAAAGUUUAUUUUAGAAUUGAAUAACGGAGCAUCCGACUUUGCAUAAGAAAACUCGGACUAGAUUAGCGCAGAAUCGGCAGCUGACUCUUAAGCCGUACGGAUCCACGCAAACCCACGUCUACAUCUCAAAUAUUUACACGCGAUCAAGAAGAGACGACAUAAUUCAUUUUCACCGCGAAACAGUCUCUGGAGUUUGCUGAACUUAUAUCCUUUUAUAGUUUGAACUGCUGGUAUACAAAGAAGAGAGGCUUAAUGCGUAUCCCUAUGGCUUAUGCGAAUUUCGACGAUUUGGUGCGAGUGACGGAGAGUAUCACCUACCCGAACUCCUACCAAGCCGAGGGAAAUCCGUUGACGGCGGGGAUUUAUUCGCUACUCAUUCCAAACACAGAGGAUGAACUACAACAGACACUUAAAGAAAUGGAUAGUUACCUGUGUUCCACCUCUCAAGACACACCUUCAGAAUUGCAGCCACAUGUAAACGUCCAUCAACCAAAGUUCGAAGAAGGAAUGAAAAGAGACUGUCGCUUUCCAGAGCCAAUGGCCAAUGUGUGUAAUGGCCUACAAACAGUGCCAGCGCCUUCUUGCGAUCUGAAGCUAGAGUGGCCACAAGCUACUGUUCAAAACCCAUCAACUACGACGACUGUAUCAUGUGCGGAGUCUGAUGCCUUUAGCUUCGACACACACCAAUCCUUUCCCACAUGCUCUGAAAGAGAACUGGAAUUAAGCCAUGCCUUUCACUGCGAUUUCCCCGGUUGUAAAAAACGUUACACAAAGAGCUCGCAUCUUGGAACACACAGAAGAAUUCAUACCGGCGAGAAGCCCUUCCUUUGUCCGUGGGAGGAUUGUGGGUGGUGUUUCCGCAGAUCGGACGAACUAAAGCGCCACUACCGAAGACACACUGGCGAAAAACCUUACGUAUGUCCCUUGUGUGGCAGGUCCUUUAGUCGUUCAGAUCAUCGUUCUUCUCACAUAAAGAAAAUACAUCCACUAAUGUAGGAGGCUUUAAAUUGACUUAAUGGACCUCAGAUGAGAAACGUCAACAUUUGACUUAGGUUUUUUUUAAUUAUAAUAUGCAAUAGAUAAUUUAUACUGUGUUUGUUGAAUUAUAUGUAUUUAGAGGACAUUAUGGCUGCGACUUUGUUCUACAGCCUGCUCCACGGACCAUGAAGCAGCCUUAUUUAACGAACUAAGAAUUAUGGGGUGAGUAAUUGUACAUAUAGAGUUCAGUAUUAGCAUAAACAGAGGAAUUCGACGAGUCGAUAGUCACCGACAUCACUAUUUUGAUAAAAACUCUUUAACAGUCAAUGUUACGCCUUAGUCAAGUAUCAAGACGAAGGAAAACGUGAACCUUGUCGAGAUAUUUCAGAUAUUUUCGUAGUUAGCUACUAGUCCUCCAUUCUGUCGCAAGACCCGUGGUGACUUUUAUAAAUCAUUUAGACUCGAAACUUUAAACUUUCAAAGUCAAAAAGCCGAAUUACGCACAUGGAAGCUUAAGAGGAGAGAAAAGGGCUGGUUCCCGCUAGUAAGGUGCUUUGUAGUAUGACAUGAAAUAAAUAUGGUUAUAUUCAAGGUUUGCAGCUUGCUGAAAUGCAUCCAUACUUCGUCUUAAGGUAGGGUUGUCCAACUACUAAUUAAUAAGCACCCUUUUGUAACUGUUCAGACUUGUUCAUGCAAAC